CAACGUCCUGCGUUCAUGACACAGGUAUGCUGGCUUUCGGUUCAUCCUAACAAUUAUUUGAUUUACCCACGAUAGCAGCAAGGAGAACGGCAUAAAAGACAGCACACGCUACAACUGGGAGAUGGACCAUAGCUGCGGCAAACUAAACAUCACAGAGGAGGUUAAGACGGCGCAGAUGGUGCUCUCCGUUCCGACCUUCGUCCUGGGGCUCAUGGGUAACGUGGCGGUGCUGGCGAUGUUCUUCUGCAGACGAGGACAAUCCUGGACCUACAUGAUGGUGUACAUCACAAACAUGGCGUUAGCCGACUGCACCGUCCUGGUCUUUCUGCCAUUCAGAAUGUACUUCUACCGGAACGAAUUGCCAUUGGAAAUGAGUGACUUCUGCUUGGUUCUGGUCUCACUUUACUACGUGAACAUGUACGUCAGCAUCUACACCAUCACGGCCAUAAGUGUGGUGCGCUAUUUGGGUAUAAAGUACCCUUUCAAAGCCAAAGUGAUCCUGUCUCCAUGGAAGGCCCUCCUUGUGUGCGCAUUCAUAUGGGUUCUUCAUUGCUCCCUUAACACAGGCUUCCACUCCGUGGACGAUCCAGGAAAGAACGUGACCCAGAUCUCUUGUUUCCAAAAAAACAGUAAGGCGCCUUUGCCCAUUUACUUCAUACUAGCAUUGGAGCUGUUGGGCUACGCUCUGCCCCUUAUCACGAUGAGCUUCUGUUCAGUCCAAGUCAUCCGCGCCUUGUCGAAGCAGACCAGGGCAAGCUCUCAGACGGACAAGAAGAUCCAGUGCAUCCGCAUCAUGGCAGCAAACUGGGUCGUCUUUGUCGUAUGUUUUACCCCGAUUCAUUUGGCGUUCCUUUUCAAGUAUAUUGUAGAGUCGCAUUGGAAGGACAACUGUGAUCUAUUAAAUGGGGCACAUAAUUUUUUGCACUUUUCCUUCGUGAUAGCGAACAUGAAUUGCUGCCUGGAUGCGUUCAGCUAUUACUUCGCCACCAAAGAUUCUUGGAAGAGGCUCUCAGCAUGCUGUCAAUCAGAAGCAGGGAUUUCACAAAACGCAAUUAUUUAACAGACAUCUUACCCAAUCAAUGCGGUUUUGCAAAGGCACGUGUUGGUCCUGAUAUCCAUAAGGCAGCGUGUGGCUUCAAGUACCAAAAACACAGUUUAAAUGUCCAUUCUCCAGCACCUCUCAUGAGCCUUACCAGAACAAUGUUUCAGUGGCUGUCUUUAAGGCUCACUGACCUCAACGAACCUCCAUACCUCACUAACUGAACGCCGUCUGUGCUUGGAUUAGCGGAGGCCAAAAGGUGUGGCGUGCUGAUGCAUACGACCGUAUCGUUGUGAUGCCACUACUUCACAGAAUUCCAAACGGCUUGUUUACAGUUUUUUACAAUCGUUUUCACACUUGUCUCAAUACCAUGUCCACUUUUUCAAAACACUUAACGCAUUCACCAUAUCAUUAGACUAUGUGAACUAAACUGUGGAUAUUUUUGCAUUGCUUUCAUACUAAAGGCAUUCAAUCACCACUUCUUCCAAAAUUCAUGAAUACCUCUCUCAGUCAAUGUUCACUACCAGCAAAAGUUUGUCCAAAUACCGCAAAUUUUGCAGACAUUUAGAUACUCUGUUCAAAACAGUUAACUUUCAGUUCAAAACCCAAUAAAAUUCUGAUCAUUGUGGAAGGAAAUAUGCUGCAUUUUGGCAGAAAAAUGAAACUAUAUGCUUGA